AUGACAGGACCUAAGACCCUGGACCAUCUGGAGAGGUUCUAUAAAGAGGAAUGGUCUCAAAUUCCCCGCUCUCUAACAGUCGUCUGCCCCGUAUAUGUGCAGGACCGUGCGGUGCUCCAUGUGGCCCUGAGGAACCGCUCCAACACACCCAUCCAGGUUGGGGGGACUGAUGUGAUGCCAGAGGUGAACAAAGUGCUGGAGAAGAUGAAGGGCUUCUGUCAUAAAGUGCGCAGUGGUGAGUGGAAGGGCUGGACCGGAAAGGCCAUCACAGACGUGGUCAAUGUGGGCAUUGGUGGAUCUGAUCUGGGCCCAUUGAUGGUCACUGAGGCUCUGAAGCCCUACUCUAAAGGAGGACCCCGUGUGUGGUUCGUCUCCAACAUUGAUGGCACCCACAUUGCAAAGACCCUGGCUGAGCUCAAUGCAGAGACCACCUUGUUCAUCGUUGCUUCCAAGACAUUCACCACUCAGGAGACCAUCACCAAUGCUGAGUCUGCCAAGGAAUGGUUUCUCAAAGCCGCAAACGAUCCUGCUGCUGUGGCCAAGCACUUUGUGGCUCUGUCCACCAAUGGUCCCAAAGUGAAGGACUUCGGCAUCGACACUGACAACAUGUUCGGGUUCUGGGAUUGGGUCGGUGGACGCUACUCUCUGUGGUCAGCCAUCGGACUAUCCAUCGCCCUGCACAUCGGCUUUGAGAACUUUGAGAAGCUUCUCUCUGGAGCUCACUGGAUGGAUAAUCAUUUCCGCACUGCCCCACUGGAGAAGAAUGCACCUGUCCUUCUGGCUCUCCUGGGUGUCUGGUACAUCAACUACUUCCAGGCUGAGACGCAUGCCAUGCUGCCCUACGACCAGUACAUGCAUCGCUUCGCAGCCUACUUCCAGCAGGGUGAUAUGGAAUCCAAUGGGAAAUACAUCACAAAGGAUGGUGCCAAGGUGAACUACCACACUGGUCCCAUUGUUUGGGGGGAGCCAGGCACCAACGGCCAGCAUGCCUUCUACCAACUUAUUCACCAAGGCACACGUAUGAUUCCCUGUGACUUCCUCAUUCCCGCCCAGACUCAGAAUCACAUCAGAGACGGUCUGCACCACAAGAUCCUGAUGGCUAACUUCCUGGCCCAGACUGAGGCCCUGAUGAAGGGAAAGACUACAGAAGAGGCCAAGAAGGAGCUGGUGGCCGGAGGUCUGAGUGGGGAGACCCUGGACAAGCUGCUACCACACAAAGUAUUCCAAGGGAACAAGCCAACCAACUCAGUCAUUUUCAAGAAGCUGAAUCCGUUCACCCUGGGAGCACUUAUCGCCAUGUAUGAGCACAAAAUCUUUGUCCAGGGAGUCAUGUGGGAGAUCAACAGUUUUGACCAGUGGGGAGUGGAACUGGGCAAACAGCUGGCGAAGCAGAUCGAGCCGGAGCUGAGCGGGGCUGGUGAGGUGAGCUCCCACGACUCCUCCACCAACGGUCUCAUCAAUUUCUUCAAGAAGAACCACGCCUGAGCCUGUAGCUGCAGCCUCCCGCUCCGCUCCGCUCCGCCCUGCCCCUCUGUACCACAGAUCCCCAGGACUGGAGGGCAGCUCCCAGCUCCCACAGCAGCUCCCAGCUGAGCACCCUGGUUCGCUGACGGCCAAUCAACUCCCUAGCACUGGAGAGGAAGAGCUUACUGUAUCUGUAAUCACUUAUUUGUGUAAUUUUGAGUCUCUGUUCAUGUAAAUUGACUAUGUUUAUGUGUCUAAAGCUAGACAAGGGAUCGGCCGUUUACUGCACUGUACUGAAGUCACCUACUGUAGGUAAUGCAGAAGAGAGACAGGUUACUGCCAUGCUCUUGUACCUAAUGGCUUGAAAAAUAAAUAUUGUCACUGUCACUUUACCCUA